CACGUGCUUCGUGAUCUCUUUUUUUGGCUGAACUCAUGAAUGCCACAAUCAGAAGACAGAGAACUAAGGACCCUCUCCAACAAAGACGACACCACAGUGAUGCCGAGUUUCAACGGGUCUGGGAGCUGCCCCCGGGACACCAGGGUGACUCGGCUGGUAUUCCCCACCCUCUACACGGUGGUGUUCCUGACCAGCCUCCUGCUCAACACCCUGGCCCUCCGGGCGUUCCUUCACACCCGGAGCUCCUCCACCUUCAUCGUCUACCUCAAGAACACUCUGGUGGCUGACCUGAUAAUGACGCUCACGCUUCCCUUCAAGAUCCUCUCCGACUCUUCCCUGGGACCCUGGCAGCUCAGGGCUUUCGUGUGCCGCUUCUCUUCUGUGGUCUUUUAUGAGACCAUGUAUGUCGGCAUAGUGCUGCUAGGCCUCAUUGCCUUCGACCGAUUCCUCAAGAUCGUCAGACCUUUUGAAAAAUAUUUUGUUAAAAAACCUGCUUUUGCAAAAAUGAUUUCUGUCCUCAUCUGGAUCAUUUUGUUCCUCAUCUCCCUACCAAAUAUGAUCCUGAACAAUGGAGAAGCAACACCAUCAUCGGUAAAAAGGUGUGUGUCGUUAAAGGGGCGCCUGGGACUGAAAUGGCACCGAGUGGUGAAUUACAUAUGUCAAUUCAUUUUCUGGACUGUUUUUGUCCUCAUGUUUCUGUUUUAUGUGGCGAUUGCAAGGAAACUAUACAAUUCUUAUAAAAAGUUCAAAAGUAAGGACAACAAGAGCACUAAGAAACGGGAGGGGAAAGUGUUUGUGGUUGUGGCUGUCUUUUCUGUCUGCUUUGCUCCCUUUCAUUUUACCAGGGUUCCCUACAUUCACAGCCAAACCCACAAUCAGACUGACUGUAAACUGGAGAAUCAAUUGUAUAUUGCUAAAGAAACAACUCUGUUUUUGGCAGCAACUAAUGUUUGUAUGGAUCCCUUAAUAUACAUCUUCUUGUGUAAAAAAUUCAUAAGGAGACUACCAUGUGUGAGAGGGAGACGGGAAGAACACCAGUACAGUCAGACAGACAACAUCACCCUGAGCUGACAACUUACACUUGGCUAACUUCCACUUAGUGAUGAAACUUGAAAAGAUCAUUCAUUCAGAAGUGAAAUUUAAGCAAUAAAAGGAAAAUGACUGG